AUGCCACCGCUACCCACCAGUCGCCGACACCCUCCACCGCCUUCGCCGCCACCCACUCGCCACUAUUGCUACCCACUGCCGUCUCCAUCGCCACCAAUCACCAUAGAAGCCCUCCAUUGUCGUCGCUAUCACUGCUACUCGCCACCACUACCAUCGUCGUCGCCGCCACCACCGACGCCCAAUGCCAUCGCUACCCACCAGUCGCCGACACCCUCCACCGCUUUCGCCGCCACCCACUCGCCUCUGUUGCCACUCACUGCUGCCUCCAUCGCCACCAAUCACCAUAGAAGCCCUCCAUUGUCGUCGCUAUCACCGCCACUCGCCACCACCACUACCAUCGUCGCCGCCAUCAACCACCACUGA